AUGGCCAAGAAGAAAAAGGCACCGCUUCUAGAAGCGUGGUGCUGGUAUUGCGAUCGCGAAUUCGAGGAUGAAAAGGUCUUGUUGCAACAUCAAAAGGCCAAACAUUACAAGUGUCCUCAUUGUCCGCGUCGACUCAACACUGCUGGAGGUCUCACUGUGCAUCUCCAUCAAGUUCACAAGGCAGAGCCUACGUUGUGAGUGCGCGUGGUGGCGUGAGCGUGAGCGUGUGCGUGUGCGAUCACUAACACGCGACACGCGACACGCGACACUUGCCAGCAUCGAGAAUGCAUUGCCAGGCAGGGAAUCCUUUGAUGUGGAGAUCUACGGCAUGACGGGCAUUCCAGCUGCAGAUUUGGAAGAGUGGAAAUCCAGAAGGGGUAGAUCGACGGGGCAAGAUCCAUCCAAUCCAUCAGGUCAACCAUCUGCCAAGCGUCCCAAAGUGGAGAGCGUGGCAUUGACACCUGCUCAGCUCAAAGCUCAACUCGAAGCUCACAAGGCUCUCAUGGCCGGCAAGAGUCACGCCGAAGCUGCCGCUGCCGCUGCCGGUGCUGGCGCUGGUGCCGCGACUCCGGCUUCAUCUGCUGCUGGUCCUUCCUCUGCCGCUUCGCCACUACCUCCACAUUUGGCCUAUCCCGGUCCACCACCGCCGUUUGGUCCUCCGCCUGGUUUCAACCCGUGAGUCGUGCGCGUGUGCGUGCGCGUGCGGGUGUGCGUGUGUGUCGGUGCUGACACACGCGCUCGCCUUUGCCCCCCUUGCCCAGCGCCAUUCGACCCCCUCCGUUUGGACCACCUCCAGGUAUGGGCUCGCCAGCUUAUCCGCACGGUCCACCACCAGGUUUCGCGCUCGCAGCGCCGCCUUUUUCAGGAGCGCCGUCGGGAGCGCCGCCUUAUUCAGGACCUCCACCAGGAUUCGGUACGCCUGCAGCCAUGUCUCCACCAGCAGGCGCUUCGAGUCCGUGGAUGCGGUCCGCGGCGAGCGCUACCGCGACUGCGAGUGCCAGCGCGAAUGCCACCACCGGUCCCAGUCCUCAUCAAUUGGCGGUGCAAGGAGGCGCCAAGUCGCGCAUGGUGUAUACGGAUGGCGAAUUGUCGCCAGAGGAAAGGUUGGCCCUUGAGCCGAGGUAUGCAUACAAGGAGCCCGACGAUGAUGCGAGCGUGGCAGUGGGGGCGGCAAACGAUCCGGGGGCGGGCACAAACGAUCCGGGAGCGGGGGUGGGAGCAUCGCAUCACUACGCUGGACCCCACGCGGAGUCGCAUCACUACGCUGGACCACCACCAGGCUUUGCGGCUCCACAUCACACGCAACAAGCAAGCGGCGCAAGUCCCGCAGCACCUCCUCCCGCUUAG